CGUCUUCUUCAAGGGCUCCCUUCUCCCAUAUCCCACCCACAGCUUUCUGAUUCCACCCAGAGAAUACAAAAGAGGAGAAGAAGAGCUCUUUUGCUUCCCUCUUUCGAAUUCUCCGAUUCGAACCCUAGUUUUGGGGACAACGAGGCCAUGCAGCAGAGCAGCAGAGAAAUGCAAGGGAUGGCCUCUCCGUUGAAUGGGAUAUCGUCGUCCGCCGGCGCCGCCGCGGCGGCGGCGGCGGCGGCCGCCCAGAUCUCUCUCCAGGAUCUCCACGACGGCCACCGACAGCAGCAGAUCCAGAACGCUGGCAUGCAGGUUCCGGCUUCGCACUUCGGCCACUCCGCCGGUGGCCACGACGACUUCCUCGACCAGAUGCUCUGCAACCUUCCCUCCUCCUGGCCGGACCUCGGCAACCCCAAGUCUCCCUGGGACCUGACCUCCUCUUCCAACCCGAAUGGCCUCGCCGGGAAGUCGCCCGAGGAUUCCGCCGCCGCGGAGGGGCUCCAAUACGUUCCAUACGACGAGUCCGUGCUGCUCGCUUCUCAGCUCCGGCAGCACCAGAUCAGCGGCGGAAGCUCGCCGGCGGGGAAGCAGCCGAUGCUGCUCCAGCUCAACCAGCACCACCAACAGCAGCAGCAGAUGCUACUCCAGGGCAUGGGGAGAUCUCCGGUGGUCGCCGGCGGUGGGGAUUCCGGGCUUCUUCCGCUGCCACUGAGCCUAGGGAGCGGUGGCUCGGCCGAUUCCCGCCUUCUCGUGGACAGAUCUCGCGACGAAGUCGACCCUUCAUUCAAAUCCCCCAAUCCCACCGGUGGGGAAGGGCUCUACAACGGAUUCGGUGGAUCGCUUCAGCGAGCCGCUGAAGCAGCCACCCAACAGCAUUUCCACCAUCCCCAGGGCGCUUCGAUGCCGGCUCGGAACUUCGGAGGAUCACCGGCUGCCGGGGUGGGACGGAGUGCAGCGGCGGUGUCCCCCGGUGGCGGUACGGCUCCACCGAGGCAGCGGGUGCGGGCGAGAAGGGGCCAGGCGACGGAUCCCCACAGCAUCGCCGAACGACUUCGCAGGGAGAGAAUCGCGGAGAGGAUGAAAGCUCUCCAGGAGUUGGUGCCAAACGCCAAUAAGUCGGACAAGGCCUCGAUGCUGGAUGAGAUCAUCGACUACGUGAAAUUCCUCCAGCUUCAAGUCAAGGUGCUGAGCAUGAGUAGGUUAGGCGGAGCAGCGGCGGUCGCCCCACUCGUGGCUGAUAUGUCCUCAGAGGGGCAGAGCGGGAGGGGCGGGAGUAACGGCGCGGCGGGUAACGACAGCCUAACGGUGACGGAGCACCAGGUGGCGAAGCUAAUGGAGGAGGACAUGGGGUCGGCGAUGCAGUACCUUCAGGGCAAGGGCCUCUGCCUCAUGCCCAUCUCCCUCGCCUCGGCCAUCUCCGCCACCUGCCACCCCCGCCCGGCGGCCGGAGGCGUCGGCGCCGCGGGAAACGGUGGGGCCGCCCACCACCUGAACCCCGGACUCAUCCCGGUCCCACCACCUCCCAACCACGGCAACGCAGCCGCCGGCACCGCCGGAGGAGGCGGCGACGCCCCCUCUUCGCCGAGCAUGUCUGUGCUGACGGUGCAGUCCGCCAUAGCUAACGGCGCCGACAACGACGUCUCCCGGCCCUUCGUCAAGGACGCCGCCUCCGUCUCCAAACCCUAAGCCAAGCUCGGAAAACUGGAGGAGAAAAAAGAGAAGGCUUUUUGGUUCAAUGUAUGUGGGGAACAGAAAGGAUAAAGAGGUAAGCACGUCAAACGGAGUCUACGGAAAUAAGGACGUCGGCGUUUGGACGGCCGUAUUUGCUUAGACUUGGAGGAAGGCGUCAACCGCCCCACAUCUCCGUCCUCCUCCUCUUUUCCUCCAUCAGCUUUUUUUAUUUUUCCCCGUCCACUUUGCCUUUCCCCUCUGAAUCAACUUUUUUUUUCAGUGUUUAUCUAAGCCUUCUUUUGGGUUUAAUUUUAAUCAAAGUUUGUCGUCUUACGAUUGGUUGUGCA